CUCUUGCAAAAUUCCUUGUACUGUGGUCAAUGGUGUCAUUAUUACAAGCUACUCCUAGAACAAAGUUCAGUAAAGAUUAAUUAGCUAAGCUGCAGUCUAGUACAGUGAGCCUAGUGUUUCCUAAUGGCUGCAAGGUGUGUCUUUGUGGUGUUCUCCCUGCUGGUGAUCAGUGUGACAGCUCAGCUGUCAUCCGUGAAUAUCGGCCAAGUUGUGCAAGAUCUGGCUCAGAGAUUUCAGGACAUCAGAAAUGAUGGACUGGGGAUUGAUCAGCUUGAGGGUGCGUAUCGCGGUGCUCAGUUCAACUACAACACUCUCUCACAGAGCCAGAUUGAAGAGAUGUUGACAGACUCCACCCUAACUGGCCCUGUGAACUCUGUCCUCAGCCUGUUUGACGAUAUUGUUAUGGAAACAGGCACGGCAACCCCCCUGUCUCCCCAGGAAUGUUGUAGCAGCACUGAUUCCAAUGCUUGCUGUCACCAAUGUGAUGGUCUCUCUAAUACUGAGUUAGCGGAUAGAGUAGCCGCUCUGUUCACUCAGCACAGUGUUAUUAACGGAGGUCAGCUGUACUUUGGUCUAAACGAGGGACCGCUAAUUCAAUAUCCUCGUCCCUCAUCCACCGACAACUGUGUCGUCAAGGAUGCUCGAUUACAGCAGUGGCACAGAAGAGCGUUAUCGAGACCUCUAGAGGUGGUGAUAGUCUUGGACGCCUCUAAUGCUAGUUCAUUCGUUUCAAAUACUGACAUUGUCAAUUUGAAGGAAGUUGCCACGAGCAUCAUCAGAUCCCUGACUCAGCAGGACAUGGUUGCCGUGGUGAGACCUGAUCGUUUAACAGAUCUUCCCCUCAUCAUCACUCGAUUGGCUAAUAGUGUUAAUCCCCGUGUUGUGCCCGUGUGUGAUGACAUCAUUGUUGAGAUGGAACAGUUCGCCACGUCCGUCUCAGAGAUGAGCAAUGCCAAUAUGACGACGGCAUUCCAGACCGGUAUCGGACUGUUCUCAAGCAAUUCUGACACAGACAAGGUUCUGGUCUCAAUUGUUCCUGGAAUCACUAAUGGAUUUUCUGAGGCGGUGUCCAGUCUCGAGGAAACUGUCAGCAGUAUGCCACAUUUAAUGGAAGUGGUGGUGUCCUCGUAUCGGGCUGUGAAUGAAGGCAGCUUCACAGCAUCGCGGUUCACUGAACUCUCGGAGAUUGGUCGUGGUGGAGGUGUCAAUGUGAUAUUGAACGACAACACUCCGCUUGUUCUUCAACCCCUGGCCGGGAGAUUCUACCCCCUCCCGUCAGACCCCCCACAGUCGUCCAGUCCAAUCACUGGAAGAGCCACCAGCAGCAUAUCACAAGAGGGGGUGUUGACUAUUUCUCGUCCUGUGAUCAAUGGAACACAACUGAUUGGUGUCCUUCAUGCCGAGUUACCCUGGCAACACCUGUUCUCUGUCGCCCUCACUCGUCUUGCCGAGCGAAAGUCCUCGUACCCGUUUGCGUUCGAUUACAACAAUCAGCUUCUGUUUCAUCCUUUGCUGCCCAGCAAUGUUCUCGGGGACGUGCCUGUUACUGAGUCAGAGUCUGAAACAAUGGGGAAGGUUGAUGUGUCCGUGCUGAAUGGCACUAGCGUCGGCACCAUCCUAUCAGCAGCGGUCACUAAGACACUCCUUGUACAGUCAACUGCUGCUGAAACAGACUUUGCGUUUGUAGUGAGGCAAGUGCCUGCCCGGUAUCACUGCACUGACAGUGGGGCCAUGUACGUCUGUGUUAUCGUUGCCGAUGAGGAUGUUACCGUGGCAACACUCCAAACGAGCGCCAAUGUUCAAGGAACCUACUCGUCCCGUCCAUCUGGCCCACCCCUCUACCACAACCUGCCACUGUCAGCACCAACCUCGCCACGUUGUGACUACUUCUGUAAAGCUUCUCUCACAGACCGCCUAUCGUUCCAACUGACCUCCCCCAGCCAACCCCCCACAGCCGAUGACCAGAACCUCGUACAGGAAGUGUCCGCCUACAUACAAGGAACUGGGAGCCGUCCCUCUUGGGUGACAGCGGGCGUGGCGACAGAGAUUGCCCUAGGCUCAGUCGUUGCCUCACAAUGGGUCGACAGGAGCAAUACACCCAGUGACUACAUCUCUAGACGUCACCUGGCCACACCCAGUGGAGCGUACCUCACCUACCCGCCCACACAGUUUGUGCCCGAGUAUCGCCCCCGUAACAGCAACUGGUACACAGCGUCACAAGCACACCCCUCACUCCUCACACUCACACCCCCAACCGAGGGGCUUAGAGAAGGAUCACGACUCUCAGUCUCUGUCGGCUAUGCUGUUAGGACACCCUCUUCUGAAAGUGACAACGCAUUUAACGGCAGCAGUACCUUGGCUGUAGUAGCUGCUGAGCUCACUCUGGAUUCACUACGAGGCUUUGUCCGCCAAGCCCUCCCACUCUGCGAAGGGAGCAGCCAAGUCAGCUGCUUCAUUAUCGACGAUCUCGGUAGCAUCAUCUACGAUGAGGUGGUGGUCCACAGCGGCAUGUACAGGGGAGGGGCUUUGUUUCUGGAGCGACCAUUUCAGAAUAAUCGACUCGAUGCUAUCCGGGUACUGUUUACUAGCCUGCAGGGGAACUUGGUUACCAAACGAGAGUGUGAGGAUUACUUUGUGGUUGGCGUGGAAACGAGGAGGUUCUAUAGCCUGGAUAUCACCAAAGAUGAUGAAGUGAGGGGAACGGGAGGAGGCUGUAUCAAUUAUGUGAUCCAGCGCAUCCCUGGCACCAAUGCAUUUAUGGUGGUCAUGGAAGAGACAAGGCAGUGUGGCAUCCUCUGCUUCUGUAGUCGUGAUGGAUUGGUGUGUCAGGAUUGCGAGACCUUCUCCCCCGGAGGCUGCGAGUGUCCGUGCUACUGCAGAGAAGAGUGCCUAGCUAGAUCCAUUCAGUUGGCGUGUCCGGCACCAAAGAGCUUGGAGCCAGUCAACUACGAGGUAGCAGUAGCCGCCGUUUCCAACCCAACACAAACAAACACCUGCUUCAACCAAAACUGCAACUGCAAAGCCACUCAAAACUCCUGUCUGGGUGUGCGAGAGUGUAGCUGGUGUGCUUCUCAGCAGAAGUGUGUCUAUUAUGCAGAGUGCUGUGACUCGAGCAGUGAGCUGGGAAGUUGCUGCGACACUUCACCACAACUGAACAGAUUCACUGCCCUCCAGCCCACCUGCAACCUUCAGCCUGUCUGCACAGCAGGUCAUGGUCUUACUUCUAGCUGUCCUCAGAGCAGCGGCAGCAACACUGCCGUUGUAGCUGGUGUGGUGGGAGGUCUCUUUGCUGUCGUCCUGUUAGCCCUCAUCGUUGCCCUGGUUGUGUGGUAUCAAGUGUGUCGUCGUGACGACCCUAAAGAUGAAACAAGUAGAGAGAGUGCUUUCGACUUUUCUAGCAAGCGUACGGAAGCUACUAACCCAACAAGCAGUGAUGUACAAUCUCAAGAUGGUCUAAAUAAAAGCCCAGUAUCUAAAGCACCUUCCGUAGUGAUAGGAGGGAGCACUGAAAAAACUGAUUCAACCACAUUGUAGAAAGUUUAUUAGCAAUGAACUACUAUCCUAGAGUAUGCGUUAUUAGCUUCAAAAUGUUCUAUUGUGCAUAAUUAUAAUUAUUGUACAUUCAUAUCCUAAUUACAUGUAUGCAUAGCAUAGUAUGUUUUGCAGUGUUGUGCAUUGCUGUAAACUUUUCAUCAUUGUAAUUUUGAGCACUUCCA